UCACCAAUACUAUCGGCUCUUCGUGCGACAUGGCUUCCUUCAACCUCCUUUCACUACUCCUAUUGAGCAUCAUCAGCCUUGCUAUUGCGGCUCCUGUCGUCUCGACUGACUACGAUGUCAUCGUGAUCGGUGGUGGUCCUGCCGGUCUCAGUGCUACAAGUGGUCUAUCUCGAGUCAAGCGGAAGACCUUGAUGCUAGACUCGGGUGUCUACCGCAAUGAUCCUACAAGACAUAUGCACGAUGUCAUAGGGAAUGAUGGUACGGUUCCGUCUGUGUUUAGAGAGCUUGCCCGGGAGCAAAUCUCGAGAUACAACGAGACCACUACUAUGAAAAAUGCAACCGUCACAUCUGUCUUCUCAGUCAAUAACGGAUCUUACUACAGAGCAAUUGUCUCAGAUGGCGAGGAAUACACUGCUCGACGAAUUGUGCUCGGUACUGGAAUGAAAGACAUACUUCCCAUCACUCCAGGUGUGGCAGAGGGAUGGGGUAAGGGCAUUUAUUGGUGUCCCUGGUGCGAUGGCUACGAGCACCGUGGCCAAUCAUUCGGUAUCUUGGGCAGUCUCAGUGAUGUAAUGGGUAGUGUGAUCGAAGUAUGGACUCUCAACCAGGAUAUCGUUGCUUUCGUCAAUGGUACAAACACACCAGAACAACAAGGCGCGCUAGCAGCCAAGUAUCCCCAUUGGGAAGCACAACUCAAAGCUUAUAACGUCACCCUCAACAACGAAACCAUUCUAUCCAUCGACCGUCUUCAAGACGGCAGUACAAAUAACGACACCGCCCAGGAUCUAGAAUUUGAUCUCUUUCGUGUCAAUCUUGCCGACGGGUCUGUCAUUGAACGGGGUGCUUUUAUCACGAAUUUCCCAGAUGAUCAGUAUUCCACUCUGCCGAGAGCGCUCAACCUGACAAUGGACGGUACAAAGAUCAAGGUCGGAACGAAUAUGAAGACUAGCGACAACGGCAUUUAUGCAAUUGGAGACGCCAAUAGCGAUGGAGCCACUAAUGUGCCACAUGCUAUGUUUAGUGGGAAGCGUGCUGCGGUCUACAUUCAUGUCGAGCUGAGCCGUCUGGAAUCACUUUCAGCUGUUGGAAAAAGAGGAUUGUCCAAGAAGGGCCUUGAAGAGGAGGCCAAUGAGUUGAUUGGCGAUCACUUGGAGGCGAUGUUGAAGAGGGCUCAAGAACUGUCUACUACUUGACUGGGAUGACAGCAUUCGGACCAUCUCCUUAGUAAUUUACACGACGGCCAUGCCCCAAAAAAAAAAACUUUAUUACUCUACUAAUAAUCACUACUACAUACUAUUUCCCAUUGCG